CUUCUCUGUUUCUUUUUUCUGCUCCCUUGUCCAGCCUCCCCUUACUUCCCCCACCCAUUCCUUUUCUGAGCCUCGUUUCCAGAUCCGGAAGAAAAAAGAAGAAGAAUGGACAGAGAAAGCAUAGAGGAAGGAGAUACAUCGAGGCCCUUGAUUCUGAAAGAAAACCCUGAAACUUGUAGUGGAGGUGGUGGUGGUGGCGGUGGCCAUGUAGAGCAGGAAGGAACAUCCUCCACCUCCAUAGCAGUAGUUGUACUGAGCACCUUCAUCGCUGCCUCGGGUUCCUACGUUUUCGGGUCCGCUGUUGGAUAUUCAUCACCUACAGAGUUCGGAAUUAUGAACGAUCUUGGGCUCUCUCUGGCAGAGUAUUCAGUCUUUGGCUCAAUAUUGACAAUUGGAGCAAUGAUUGGUGCAAUAACGAGUGGACGGAUUGCUGAUCUCAUUGGUCGGAGAGGUGCAAUGGGGGUCUCAGAAAUUUUCUGCACCAUGGGCUGGCUUGCAAUUUUUUUCUCCAAGGAUGUGUGGUGGCUCGACAUUGGAAGACUGUCCAUGGGAUAUGGAAUUGGACUCCUUUCUUAUGUGGUUCCUGUGUACAUAGCAGAAAUAACUCCCAAAAAUAUAAGAGGAGCAUUUACGACUGUGAAUCAGCUAAUGAUAUGUUGUGGUGCAUCCCUUACAUUCCUAUUUGGAACAAUAGUGACCUGGCGUACCUUGGCACUAAUGGGAACUAUUCCAUGCCUAGUUCAGCUCUUGGGCCUAUUCUUCAUUCCUGAAUCUCCAAGAUGGCUGGCAAAAGUUGGCCAAGCCAAAGAGUCAGAAGCUGCAUUACAGCGCCUGCGGGGGAAGCAUGCUGAUAUUUCUCAAGAAUCAGCAGAGAUCAGAGACUACACAGAGGCCCUUCAACGCCUCUCAGAAGCUAGAAUACUAGAUUUGUUUCAAUGGAAAUAUGCACAUUCUCUUAUUGUUGGAGUUGGGCUGAUGGUGCUACAACAGUUUGGAGGGGUCAAUGGGAUUGCAUUUUAUGCGAGUGCAAUUUUUGUAUCAGCAGGUUUCUCUUCGGGAAACAUUGGGACCAUAUUCAUGGCUGCAGUUCAGAUUCCUAUGACCACAUUCGGUGUGCUCUUAAUGGAUAAGUCUGGACGCAGAAAACUUUUAAUGGUUUCUGCAGCUGGAACAUGCCUGGGUUGCUUCCUUGUAGGAACAUCAUUUUUCUUGCAGGACAAUCAAUGGUGGAAGGAGGGGACUUCCAUAAUGGCACUUAUAGGUGUACUGGUGUAUACAGGAUCUUUCUCAUUGGGCAUGGGAGGAAUACCAUGGGUUAUAAUGUCAGAGAUAUUUCCUAUAAACAUGAAAAGUUCAGCCGGUAGUCUUGUGACAUUGGUGAGCUGGCUUGGUUCUUGGAUUGUCUCAUACGCUUUCAACUUUCUAAUGAAAUGGAGCUCAUCAGGAACCUUCUUCAUGUUCUCAAGUAUUUGUGGGUUAACUGUUGUAUUCGUGGCAUAUCUAGUACCAGAGACCAAGGGGAGAACACUAGAAGAGAUACAGGCUUCAAUGAAUCCUUUCUCAUCGGAAAAAUGUUGAACAAAAUAUGCAUGGGUGAUGAAAAAAAAUAAAUUAGGUUUGUUGUAAUCCUUAAGUUGUAAGAAUUAAUUCAUAACCACACAUAAGGAAGGUUGAGGUUUGUUUUGUAAUAUGAAGAUUCCGAAUUUGGCAAAGGACAGGAACUUAAUUAAUAGAGUAGAGUGAUGAAGUGAGUUCGGAUUUGUGCA